AGGGGGCGGGGGCGCCGCGCACGCGCACGGGCCGGCGGCGCGCGCCGAGCGGGGGGCGCCGCGCGGUGCAGCCACGAUGGAAGGGGGUGCGUACGGAGCGGGCAAAGCCGGGGGCGCCUUCGACCCCUACACCCUGGUGCGGCAGCCACACACCAUCCUGCGCGUCGUGUCUUGGGUCUUCUCCAUCGUUGUCUUCGGGUCCAUCGUGAAUGAGGGCUACCUCAACAACCCGGAGGAGGAGGAGGAGUUCUGCAUCUACAACCGCAACCCCAACGCCUGCAACUAUGGCGUGACUGUGGGCGUGUUGGCCUUCCUCACCUGCCUGCUCUACCUGGCGCUCGACGUGUACUUCCCACAGAUCAGCAGUGUUAAGGACCGCAAGAAGGCCGUGCUAUCUGACAUCGGUGUCUCGGCCUUCUGGGCCUUCUUCUGGUUCGUGGGUUUCUGCUUCCUGGCCAACCAGUGGCAAGUCUCCAAGCCCAAGGACAACCCUCUGAACGAAGGGACGGACGCAGCCCGCGCUGCCAUCGCCUUCUCCUUCUUCUCCAUUUUCACGUGGGCUGGCCAGGCUGUGCUAGCCUUCCAGCGGUACCAGAUUGGCGCCGACUCCGCCCUCUUCUCCCAGGACUACAUGGAUCCCAGCCAGGACUCCGGCAUGCCUUAUGCACCCUACGUGGAGCCCAGCGCUGGGUCGGACCCCGCUGGCAUGGGUGGCACCUACCAGCAUCCAGCCAACGCCUUCGAUGCUGAGCCCCAGGGCUACCAGUCGCAGGGCUACUGAGCCCCCCCUGAUGGUGGUGACAGUGACCGCCUACCCUGCCCUUGCCCUUCCAUCCUAGCUCCCCUCCCAAGCACCCUGCUCCCUCCCAGGUGACCCCGCCUAGCACAUGCUCAGUCUCCAGGUGACUCCACAGAAGCCCAGAGCUGCUGGGGUGGGGAGUGGUAGGGUGUGUCCACAUAUGCGUGCAAGUGUGUGUCCAGCUGGGGUGGGGAGUAGUGGGGUGUGUCCACAUAUGUGUGCAAGUGUGUGCCCAGCAGGGGUCUACAGGUGGGGCCUAGGGGUUUCAGUCAUUCAUUGUGUCCUUGGGCAUUCACUGAGCACCUACUAUAUGCCAGGCCUUGCUCAACUGGGGAGUGAGGGAGUUAGAGAGGGGGAAGGUGUUCUGAUGAGGCCCUGUUCCAGACACAGGAAAGAUGGGACAGACAGAUACUGGGAAGUUCAGCCACAUGGUGAGUGUAGUCAAUCACAGGAUGUGGGCCGACAUCCCCAGAAUCCUUGAUAUACAACAGUCCUCCUGGGAUUGCCAGGGUUAUCUCCAUUUUAUGGUUGAAGAAACUGAGGUCUGAGGGAUCUAGGCUCUUUGUUCAAGGUCAUUGAAGUGGCUGCUGAUGAGGCCACAUUAAGAUGACCAGAUAUAGAGCUCCUGCCAGCCUUCUCUACUUCCUGUUCCUGUGCUGUGGGAGUGGGGGUGAGGGCGGGGCAGCGCUUCAAGACUUGAGUCCAGUGAGACCCUGUGAUCUGCCUCAAACUGAGGGAGGGCCUCCACGGCCUCAGCCGCUUUCCUCAUGCAGGCCCCCUCCUCAGUCUUGGUCUUCUCCCAGUGGGCUCCCUCAACCUGUCCUUGUCCCUUGGUGUUGCUCUGUGCUCAGCAUGUCCCACAGGGAACUCCUUUGGCGGGGUAUGCCAGCAACCCUUUGCAGUUUCCCAAAGGAGCAGUGGCCACACCUGCCUCUUGGAGGGCUCACUGAGCCCUUCGCUCGUGGCUGGGUAGACAGGAGGCCAGGAGGUAGUGGAGACUGACCCAGGGUCCCAGUGAGGAAGUGGUAGCAUGACCUUGCUUCCUAAAUUUAUUGGCUCCACCCCCAAACUGCCCCCCCCCUCACCUGGGACACUGUCCUCUUUCUGCUUGUUUGGGUCAGCAAAGGCUCAGGCAGGGUCAGUUUGAGUGCCACAGCCACAGGUCACACUACCCCAAAUGACGCAGGGGUGAGACGCUGCCCAGAGACUUCCAGCCACCUGAAAGAGAAUAGAAAGAGAAUAGCCUUGUUGCCUCCAAGAGGGAAGGGAAGUGGGUGGGGCCUAAGGGAACACCAGGGAGGCAUUUUCAUACAAAAUGCUUCCCUCCCUGUGACAGAGGGAGUGCAGAGGGGGGUUGUCUGUGCCAUCUCCCUGUGUGUGCCCAGUUCCUGUCAGUGACCUUUAACAAUUGAGUGUCCCCACCACCUUGCUCCAUGCCCUACAGGACUCUGCCAGGCAGAUUUGUUCUUCUGGUCACCCAUGUAGUGUGCUGUCACCAAGGGCGUCAGUGGUCCCUGUCUUGUAGGAACCUGUGAAGCAGGCACAGACAGGCCCAGGGUCCAUUACAGUGGGAAACCUGGCGACAGCGCAGGCCUGAGGAAGAGUCAGGGAGGGGACAAGGGUUCCAGAGGCCUAGAAGGAGCACCACUGCUCCUCCUCCUGAGCAGAAGGGGAAACCAGGAAGGGAAACAGACCCUUCCGAGUCCUCAGGCGGUUUCCAGAACCAGGAGCACAGAGAGUUAGCAUUGGGAAUUGGAUGCAGACUGAGUCUCCAGGUUUUCUGGGGUUCACGGUGUUGGGAGAGAGCCCCAGGCGGCUGAGUGACAGCUGGCUGUUGCUGACUUCCAUUUUCUACACCUGGGAAGGGACUCUGUAUACAGCCCCAGGCCUCCACCAGGUGGCUCGGGUGGGGACAGCUUGGGGACCGUUGGCAGUGACUAGAGGAGAGGCAGGCUACCGGAGUGUUGCUGUGACACCACAGGACUUUGCUACUCUGGACCCAGAGCCUCCCUGCCUGUGGGCACUAGAGACCCAAGGACUGCCCAUCCGUUUCUCCCUGAACAGCAACAGGCAGCAGGUGAUGCCAGGCAGAGGGCAGGGUGCUGGUUAAACUCUGCCCAGCCUUGGGCAUCUCUCAUAGACUCUUCCUAGUGCUUAGGCCGGAGACCUUUACAGGACCAGAGGGUGGGACUUGAGCAUCUCCCCUUGUCCCGUGCAUCGUGGUGGGGAUGUCAGACAACAGGUGAGCGGCCCGAACAGGAUUUGAGUAAGACCCAGGCUUCUGACUCAGUAAUUUGAGAGGACUCACACCCCGAUGGGCUUGACAUAGCCUUUGGAGGACCCAAGGCCAGCAGUGCACCCUGGAUUUCCUUCCCCUCUCUACCAUCUCUGCUUUCCUCCCACGUUCUCCUUGGAGAGGGUUCCCCACAACCAUGCCCUAUGGAACUGGGGUUCCCUUUUCCCUGUCAAGCACAAAAGAAGGUCUGGGAAACUUGGGGUCCACACGAGUUUAUAGCUGCAGGGAUCCUUUGAGAGAACCGUAUUUCAUCCACAGCCAUGCACAGAGUGAGAGAUUGGGAGCCCCGUCUUCUGCCUUCUGAGAUGACAUCCUGCUCACAGGCCAUCUUGCCUGGGCGACACCCAGUCUGCCUGGGAUGUAGCAAUCUAGGAGCUAAUCCCCAGGGGACUGGCGCCAGUCUCCGUUCCAUCUGUCCCUAAUGAUUCUUGAUUUUCAAAGACUUGGGGUUCCAGGCUUUUCCCAUGUAACCAAGAGCUUCCCACUUGUUACCCCUGGGGCACCUCUAACCUUGAUUCAUAGAUCCUUUGCUCCCCAAAGAGUAAGAGCAGGAGUCCCCAGAGUUUGUGGAGGAUGAACUGGGCCAGCUGUCUCCCAGUACUACCCCUGACUGAUAACUUCCGCCCCCCUGGUGCCCUGGUCCCUCCCGCAGCGUUACUGCCUGUGUAUAGUAUAAAUAUAUAUAUUUUCUAUAUAUAAGAUGUAUAAUAUAAGGCUCCACAAUAUAUCUGUGAGUGUGUGUGCGCGUGCGUGUGUGCGGUGAAGGGCAGCCCCCAACUUGGGCCCUGCUCUAGACCCUCCCCCAUCUGGUUAAGCCUCUCCAGCGGACCCAGUGGCCCUGGGUAUCCUCCUCUGUGACAUCCAUCCAUCUGUGGUGACCAAGUGAAGGUGGUGACUUCUGGUGACAUAGUAAUAAAGUGAAGAGUCAACUCA